AUACAUACAUACACGCACACACAGUCACAUACACACAAUGACACACAUAUUACACACCCAGGCAUAUUACACAUCCGCACCCAUGAAGUCAGUUGUUGCUGUGUGAUGGCUUCAGCGAGUUCUAUAAACAGACUACACUGUGAGCCGUCUUCCCAUUGGUCCACGGUAAGUAGAAACAAGACUGUCAAGAAAGAUGGUGAGUGAAGCUGAAAAAGAAAACAGAAGAUGUGUGUACAGGUGUCCACUCAGGCGUCCCGUCUCUGUUCACAGGCUGCGUACAUCGUAGCUGAAGGUUUGGCCGGUGCCAUGUUCUGGACUGUGGACUUUGACGACUUUGCAGACCAAGUGUGUGGGGAAGGUCCCUACCCUCUGAUCCAAGCUAUGAAGGCGGGCCUGUGGAGUCCUGGAAGUCAGCCGCUGACCUUGAGCCCUGCUAACGUGAGCUUGCCAUCUCCUCAAUCACCCACAUGGUCGCCAUCUUCUACGUCCAGUAGCACGGACAUCAUGAGUGGCGGGCACAGCUCAACGGCCACCCCGGGUAGGUCCAAAGUGUGAGAACCUUAUCUGGCAAGUUUCAGUGUAGCUCUAUCCUGAAGCCAACUGCCAGCCAGAUGUAAAUUCCUACUCUGAGAGCAUCUCUAAACUCUCAUAGUAGGUUUGGUUAUAGUAGGAUCUCUGCCUGGCACCGUGAAAGCGUUAUGUUUCUUUCAUGGUAUUUUACCGUUUUUAGAGAGGUGGCCUGGAAAGUCUUUGAGAGUCAUAUGCACACUUAACUUAAAUGCACAAAUACAUACAUAGAUGAGCAUAACAUGGCAGCAGAAAUACUGAAAAGUCAGGAAUUAUAAUGGCUGCUCUAAUGAGUUUAAGUCAUUUAGCUUUCAGUCAUAGAGAAGUGCAUGAUGGAAUGUGUCACACGGUUGCUUCUCGGCCCGAAGUUUCUUUAUAGACACACAUGUACUGAUUCAUCAAAGUAUUCGGACUAUUGUCAUCUUCUAUCUACUAAAGCUUAUGUUGGUUGUCUCUCUACGUGUUUCCUAAAACCGACAAGAAAAAAAAUUUCCCUGGAGAGUACUAAAGAGAAUGCAUCAGUAAAGAUAAUGAUAAAUGUGUGUACAAUCUUGCCAGUAACAGAGUGGGAGCCUUGAAGUUGGGGAAAUGUCAAUGUUUCGUGCACAGUGUGUAAAAUAUCUUGUGUUCCUCGCAGGUGUCCAUCAUAAUGAAAGCCAUCACGUGAUCGCCUGCUACUUUACCAACUGGGCCCAAUACAGACCUGGUUUAGGCCUAUACUCAGUGGCUAACAUUGACCCCUACCUUUGUACGGACAUUGUGUACGCUUUUGCCUACAUCGACACAGCCAGUCUGACCCUGACAACCGUAGAGUGGAAUGAUGCAGGUAGGUGUCUUACGUAUUAGCUAAAAGAUCAUUUCGCUAAGAACAUUCACAUGCACAGAAACACACCCACAUAUAAAUUACACACACAUUACACACACGGACAUUGUCAGACACACACCAACACACUGACAGGUGCACAGUCUUUCUCUUUCUAAUGAAUUCUUGCGUUCCCCCCUUCACAAAAUACACACACACACACGCACACACACACACACA